CCCGUCGGUGCCGCGGGGAGGGCGGGGAGCGGCCGGCGGAGUGGCGCGGAGCGGUGAAUCGGGAGGACGCAGCGUUAGUGGGACGAGAGCCUGAUCCUGCGGGCACCGGCGAUCACGGAGCAGCCCUCUCCUGCCUGGCUGGCCCCGGGAGCUGCUGCUCGAUGGACAGAGGCGUGCUGGUGGGACCGCGUUUACAACAUGCUCUUGGCACUUCAGCCAUCCCCACUGUGCUGAGUCCCAGUUGUGACGCUGUCUGUGCUGUGCUGAGGACAAGUGGGACAACUUGUUAAAAGCAGAUGUGGUUUUGUAUUUAGAAAUGAACUUACCUUGGCAGGAAACACCUAGCCAGGCUGGCAAAGAGACUGCUUAGCCCUCUCAUGCAAGAUUUCUUCAGAAGUAAAGCAGCACAAAAGAAGCUCUUUGAAAACAACGGGAACCACUGGCAAGAAGCAGCAACACUGUGCACUGAACGAGGGCACCUUUUCCAGGUUAUCAAAACAUGCUGUUGAACUGAAUUUUGCAGCUGCAUUUUCAAAUGUACCAUGGGAUGCAUCAAAUCCAAGGCUGCAUUUCAAGGUUCAAAUGCUAUCCAGGAUGAACAGAUCAGGGAAGGUAAUGAAGGAUGCACUGGAGAGAAAUCAUCACUGAUAGCAGUGAAGGUGGAUGAGAAAGGUCCAUCAAGCACUAUAGUGCUAGACUAUGCACACCGUCUCUCCCGUGAGAUCCUUGACCAGGCGGUAAAACAGUGGGCAGUGACUGAAAGCAAAUACAGCGACAUCCCUUUUAUUGAAAGUGAUGUGCCCUGAACCCUGACUGGCAAGGACUGUCUUCACCAUGAGUGUCCUGUCUGUGAAGCAGUUUGUAUUUGGUACUAGUGCAAAUAAAGUAAAAUCAGCUGUGAUUUGA